AUGGGUAAUCAAUAGCAAAUAUUGAAAUUGACAAAGACUAAAUAGUUUAAGCCAAACUCUGUAAUCGUGAUCACAGGAGCAUCAAGUGGAAUUGGACGUGAAUUGGCCUUACAAUAUGCAACGAGAGGAGUCAAAUUGAUGUUGGCUGCAAGAUCAGAAGAGGAAUUAAAGGAAGUUUGUGCAUUAUGCGAAUAACUGGGAUCGAGAGCUCAUUAUAAGAUCACAGAUGUAUCUAAAGAAGAGGAUUGCAAAUAGUUGAUAGAGGAGACAGUGAGAAUAUUCAAUAGAAUCGAUAUUUUGGUGUUGAAUGCUGGAGUCAAUGCACAUUCAUUUUUUGAAGAAUUCAAAGAUUUAUCAAUUUUUAAGAAGAUCAUGGAUAUCAAUUUUUAUGGAUAUGUAUAUUGUACUAAAUAUGCAUUACCACACAUAAGAAGGAGUUCAGGUCAGUUUGUUGUAAUGUCUUCGAUCUCAGGAGAGAUUGGACUACCUUACAGAGUACCAUAUUGCAGUUCAAAGUUUGCAGUUACAGGGUUCUUUGAAGCACUUAGGACAGAGUUGGAAGAUUUCAAUGUCGCCAUAACAAUAGUGUGUCCUCCAAGUGUACGUACUCCAAUGAGGGAUCACGAUUUAUUAAAGAAGCAUUCCCCUAAGGAUGAGAGCGAGGAUAGAAUUACAAUAUCAGAGUGUGUGUCUAUGAUUUUGGAUGCAGCUGACAGGAGGGCUCGCAAAAUCUUCUUUCCAUUUAAAGCUUAUUUGAGUGUUUAUGUGAGACCUAUCUUUCCUGAUUUUGUGGAUAAGAGAUUAAAAUAGAAGGCUAAGUUGUGAGAAUAAAAACAAUUGUCAUUAUAUAAUUA